CCCACAUACCUCGAACCAUCGAGAGAGCCCCAUGGGUCAGAGUUCAAGCACACAGGGCCAGUUGGACGAGUCCACCUCUAGUCAUCAGAGUAAAACUUCUCAAGACAAUUUCAAUGCCAAGAGUUUGCACGUUAACACAAAUCCGCAGUAUCUGGACAAUGCCAAAACAACAAAGCUCAGUGACAGCUCACCGUCCAGUCUGAGCCAGCCCAGUCCCAACAGUCCUGGAAGUCCAAACUAUGCCAUAGGACCGUCGUCCAAGUACCCUGACAACCCCAGCGGAAGGCCUACCUCUGCCCGGAAACCUCCAACCUUGCCUGGGCGAUCCCCAAUACGGCUGGAUAAACCCGGCUAUCCACAGAGGAAUGUAAAUAACAUUGAUAUUGCUGUGAACAAUGAGCGUAAGCAGCAUAAUGUGUCUUUCCCGGAUACGAGUGACAGUGUGGGUAUUACUCCUGUCACUCGGCGGAAACAUAGCUUGUCACAGGAUCUCACCACUGCACUGCAGGCAGCAAGCAGGGAACAGAGUUACAAACUGAACCUGUCACAUGACAUUUCAUACGAUCAAUCCCACCAUGAUCUGUCUCAGGAUUUUCAGAAUCAAAGCAUUUUUGACUACAGUGCGCACCCUGGCAGUGAGAGCACGGGUUCCGUUACCCCGCCCUUGCCCCCUCUGUCCCCUACUAACACGCCCCCUGAGACCCCUUGCUCGGACGACGAGGCUCGCAACUUGGCUCGGUCCAUAAGUGCAACAAAUGUGUCGUUUGCUGUUAGAAAUGCGGGUGAAAAUCUUCCCCGAGAAUCUCGGAAACACAGGAGAACUUCAGAGCUGAAUCUCCGUAUGGAUAGAAAAUCUCAUGAACAUGGCAGGAAGACAAGAUCUGGAUACAAAUCAAAAGGUGCUAUUCUACGUAACGUUAAUGAGUCUGAAACUGAGACCGAGAGCAACCAGUCCUUUGACUUUGAUAUUGACAACACGAUACUCACGAUAGAAUCUCACGACACCGAGCAGCCUCACCCGGCAGGCGACCUCAUGACCUCCAGAGAAAACCUCGAGUUGCGACACCACAUGCACAACCUCGAGUCUCGCUACCAUGAUAUUCAGUCGCACGUGAACAUUGCCGGGGGUCAUAGUUCACGGGGUCAUAAUAAGGGCCCAAAUGUAGCACCCCCUGCCAUUGGAAGGCCCAGGAGGUGGAGUAUAGGCAGCUCAGAUACCAGCUCCUUCAGGAGAGAGGCCAAGGUCAAACCUGGCAAGCAGGCUCAUCAUAAACACCAUUCCAGGGAGUUCAAAAACAUCAACAAGCGUUUCCAGAGGCUGGAGUCUCAUGUGGUAACUCUGGCUAGAAGUGUGGCUCAUCUCUCAUCUGAACUGCGCACCCACAACACCAUGGUGAAUGACCUUGAAUCUGUUAAACGGCAGCUUGCAGAACUGCGUGAUAACCCUUCCGGUCCAUUUCCCAACAUGUUGAGUGGGGUGCUUACAGAACAGCAGAUCUUCAGAGAGUGGGCACCAGGCUUGACGAAUCCUAAACGAGUCAACAAGCUCACAAAGUUCUUUGGUUCUGAGCCUCCAUUAUUGGAACUGUUCCUUCAGAAGUUAGGUUAUGAGCGCUAUGUUCCCAACUUCCAAACGGAGCACAUAGGGAUGAUAGAGCUGCCAUACAUGACCGAGGACAGACUGGAGAAGAUAGGCAUACCCAUGGGGCCGCGCCUACGGAUAUUGCAGGAGGCCAAACAGUGCUUUCGUCAUGACAACGUAGAUGUGUAUGUCGUAUGAGGUUCUGGGUGAUGAAAGUAUUGGGGAGAAGCGCUUGAAACAAUUCAGUAGGGUUAAGAAAGCUGUGAUUUUUUCAUUCUUUUCAAAGUUGUUGAGUUAAGCAGUUUUUUAAACAUCUGCCAGAAACAAUUCUUUAACAGAUUGUUAUUGGUAACUCUGCUGAUAUAUAUUUUGUGUAUGUGCUGCUUAAUGUUAACAU